AUGACAGCAUCCUCAAACUUCGGCUCUGAGAUGGUGUGGCUGGUUACUGGCUGCUCAUCCGGCCUAGGAAAAUCCCUCGCACAAGCGAUCUGUAAAGCCGGUCACCGCAUCGUCGCAACUGCGCGUAACACUGCAUCACUCUCCUACCUCCCAGAUGGUCCAACAGUUCUCAAAGCCAAACUGGACGUGACUUGUCCAGAAGACAUCACCAGUGUAAUCGCUGAAGCUCUAGACAAGUUCCAGCAAAUCAAAGUCGUGAUCAACAAUGCCGGGUACGGAUUACUAGGAGAUAUGGAAGCCAUCUCCAACUCCGACGCCCGUCACCAACUCGAAACCAAUUUCUGGGGUCCGGUGUACAUAACCCGGGAAGCCCUUCGAGUCUUCCGAGAGAUUAAUCCCAAAGGCCAGGGUGGUACCAUUGUGCAGAUCUCUUCAAUUGGCGGAUCUAUGACCGCACCCGGUCAUUCUUUCUACCAUGCUAGUAAAUUUGCUCUGGAGGGCUUUACUAAGUCUGUUGCGCAGGAGCUUCGUCCGGAGUGGAAUAUCAACUUGUUGAUUGUUGCUCCUGGGGGCGUGCGGACCAAGUUCGUUGAAUCAAGCUCAGGAAUCCGUCCAAGACAUCCGGCGUAUGAUUUGCCUGGCGGAGCCUUUAAUCAACUAGCUGUGUAUAUGGAGGCGCAGGACACCUGGUGUGAUCCGGAGAGCUGUGCUAAAGUACUUUUUGAUGCUGUGGUUGGACAGUCUGAGCGUCCGUUGCCGACGCGAUUGUUGAUGGGGGCCGAGACUAUUGAUUUUAUGAUAUAUGAGAUCAAAGGAGUUUUGGAAGAUAUUGAUUCGUGGAAAGGGGAGACUGCGCGGUGUUCCGAGUCAUUGACUCCUGAGAACAAUGGGCAUCGGAUUUAG